CUGAGAUGCCAGCUCUUUCUUUGUCUUGGUCCCAGGAGACUCUCAUGGAGCUCAGCGGAUGGAGUUGUGGUUUCUCAUCCUGUGGGGAUUGCAGCCGCCCUUGCUCCCUGCCUGGGCGCUGGGCCAGGUGCUUUGCCCUGCCGGGGUAACAGUGCCUUUCAUGCUGUUUUGUUUCAGGCCAGCAAGGAUGCUGCUGUAGAUGACUGACUCACUUGUGCCUAUAUGCUGUGGCUCUAUAUGGCCUCUGCAGGACCCAAACACACUAGUCCAGGCCCCAAACAAGAGAAGAGUGUCUGGGUUGAGUCUGGCACCCUUUCAGCAGGGAGAGCUGAGCCACACCUCACUUGGCAGCAGGCAAAACCCAUCUGGACUUUAGAGAGGACGCAUGUGAGUGCUUUCCACAGCCUGCUGCCCUCAGGGAUCCCUCUGCAGCAGUCCUGCUUGUGCUCACCAUCACUAUGCCACACAUGCCCCAGUGAAGACGCCCUCCUGAGCCCAUCCUCAGCCCAACCCUGCCUGAACCCAGGCAGGAGCACUCUAUUCUACCGAUGCUCCUGCCUCAGACCUAAGCCCUAUGAGCUUCCUUUCCAAAGCCCUCUGGACACCGGCUCUACCACAAGAAGGGUGAUGUCUUCCUUGCUGACAGAACCCUGCCUGCAACCUGCACUGGCAGAGGAACGCUCUGAGACUGGGGUCAAAGGCCCUGCCCUGAGCUCAGGUCAGCAGUCUUCUGGCUUCUGUAGACCAGAGCUCAAUAACACCUCCUUCCUACGGCCAAGCAGUGCUAAAGUGCCUUUCCCUCAGUCACUGGAGAUCAAGAAGGUGAAAAACACCCAUAGCAUCCCCACCACCUCACGGUCCCACUCUAGGCAUGGAGACAGCUCCACCAGUACCAUGGUCAACAGAGCAGUUAAAAGCAGCAACCAUGCACUGGAGCAAACUGCAGUCCCGUCUGUGGCUGUUGUGCCUAGCAGUGCAACCCUCAGGAAGGACCAGUGUUUAUGGGAAGAUGCUGAGAGGAGAACACACAGCGUAAAAGAGAAGGAACCAGAGAUCUGCAUCAGCGAGGCUGUGCAGCAGCUGGCCAUACAGACUGCCACACACAAUGGCUUCGCACACAGAGCCCGAAGCUCUGCCCUUACAAACGUGGGCAGCCUGUCCAGCUGGAACAGCAAGUGCAGGCAGAACAUCAUAGCACAGGUCACCCCAAAAGAAGCCAUCACUCCUCACAACUUGGAGCCAGGUAGCCAUUGCCUUAACAGUAACUCGAGCCUUGCAGGCACCGAUGCUGCUGCUGGCUGCACUAAGCAUAUCAGUGUCCAUCCCUUGGCUUUGCCUGCUGCCUCUCCUGAGCGUGGUGCCGGCUGCCAGCGUGUGAGCACACCGAGCUCAUGCCCCGGGGACAGGGCAGUGAGAGCAGAUCCUCCGCAUGUUGUGGCCGUCGCUGAAGUGGCAACUCGGAUGUCCACAAUCCAACUGGAGAGAGAGGAGAAACGGGCCCACACUAUGCUCCCAGGAAAGCUCGAUAUCCCUUCUGAGCAGUCCCCACUGGAGCUGAGCCAUCCCCAGGAUGAAGCAGAAGAAGAACUUCCUGAUGGCCUGGAUGAGAGCAGCAGUCAGGAGGAAGACGAGGACAGUGACUCGGAUGCUUCCUCUGUGACUGGCGUGUCAUCCAGUGCAUCCGUGGCUCUUAUAUCCAGGAAGUGCAUCGAGUGCCUGGCCCAGCCUGCUGAGGCUCAGGAGAAAGUGCUCAAACCAGCUCUUGUCUCCAGUUUGUUCCCUAAUGUGCCUCCAACUCUCUACUUCAGUACUCGGGAUGAGGCAGUGGAAAAGCUGCCUUGGGAACAGAGGAAGCUGCUGCGAUGGAAAAUGUGCACAGUCACACCAAAUAUAGUGAAGCAGAUCAUUAGCAGAUCCCACUUCAGAGUCAGCAAAAAAAGCAAUGACUGGCUGGGUUACUGGGGCCACCACAUGAAAUCCCCCAGCUUCAGAACCAUCAAGGAGCACCAGAAGUUAAAUCACUUCCCUGGCUCAUUUCAAAUUGGGAGAAAGGACCGUCUGUGGCGCAACCUGUUGAAAAUGCAGGCUCGCUGUGGGAAGAAGGAGUUUAACUUUUUUCCCCAGUCCUUCAUCCUGCCUCAGGACAUCAAAUUACUCAAGAAAGCGUGGGAGGAAGGAGCUAGUCGCCAGAAAUGGAUUGUGAAACCACCAGCAUCAGCAAGAGGCAUCGGUAUCCAAGUCAUCCAUAAAUGGAGCCAGCUCCCCAAAAGGAGACCACUGCUGGUACAGAGAUACCUGCACAAACCCUACCUCAUUGGCGGGAAGAAGUUUGACCUGAGGAUCUACGUUUACGUCACUUGCUAUGAUCCCCUCAGGGUCUACCUGUUCAAGGAUGGAUUGGUUCGCUUUGCUAGCUGCAAGUAUUCCUCCUCGAUUAAGAGCCUCAGCAACAAGUUUGUGCACUUGACCAACUACAGUGUGAACAAGAAGAACACGGGGUACAAGUCCAACUCGGAUGAGACUGCUUGUCAGGGACACAAGUGGGCACUCAAAGCUCUCUGGAGUUACCUGAACCAAAAGGGAGUUAAUAGUGAGGCCAUCUUGGAGAAGAUUAAGGACAUCGUUAUCAAAACCAUCAUUGCAUCUGAGCCCUACGUGAACAGCCUGGUGAAGAUGUACGUGCGUCGCCCAUAUUGUUGCCAUGAGCUGUUUGGGUUUGAUAUCAUGCUGGAUGAAAACCUCAAGCCCUGGAUCUUAGAGGUCAACAUUUCCCCAAGCCUUCACACCAACUCCCCGCUGGAUGUGAGCAUCAAGGGCCAGAUGAUCCGGGACCUCCUCAACCUUGCUGGCUUUGUUCUUCCCAGCGCAGACAGCGUGGCCUCAAGGCCACAGACAAGAAGUGGUUCUACCUCCAGUAUGGGCAGUGCUUUGAAGGAGAAGCCCAAGCCAAUGUCUGAGCAUUUCAUAGCUGAGAAGAUGAAGAAGGUCUAUUACUUGAUGCAGAAGAUACCUGACCAGGAUUUUUAUUCUUCUGUCUUGGACAUCCUGACCCCAGAUGAUGUUCGCAUUCUGGUGGAGACAGAGGACGAGUAUUCCCGGCGUGGGCAGUUUGAGCGAGUGUUCCCCACCCACAUCUCCAUGCGGUACCUGCACUUCUUCGAGCAGCCUCGUUACUUCAACAUCCUGGUGACCCAGUGGGAGCUCAAAUACUACUUGAAUAAACACAAAGGUCUGGAGCUACUGAAGAACUGGUGUGUCAAAGGGUACCACACUGGGGCAGGAAUGGAUUUAGCCCAGAUGUGGUCACUGCCAAAAUCUUUCUUCCUCCAGAAGAGCAAUGUUCAAGCAAAUGGCUUCAGCGAACUGGACAAUAUGGGGUGAGUUUGCAGUGGCUGUGACAUGCAUGAUAUUCAGUGUGGUUUUAGGAUUGGUGUCUUGAGAGAGACGUGGCAGCAGGGAAAGCAGCUUUGUUUAAGGGGAGGGGAGCAGGUUGGUUUACAGGCUCUGCAGCCAAUCUCUGCUCCCUGGGGAGCCAACUGGUGGGGCUGGAAUGAUGAUCUAUCUGACUAGGCAUGUCUCUUCAGCACUGUGCACCCAGCUUGGGUGGGAGUGAGGCCCAGAACAGCUGGGAGUGGGUGAUGUUUGGGAUUGUCGUGGUCAGGACAUGCUGAAAAGAUGUUCCUCAGAGAGACCUGUGCCAUUUCUGUGGGCUCUGAUAUGGCCAGCAGUGAGCAGAGGCUCUCUACUGCAGCGUGGGGCUGGAGGAACAGUGAUGCCUCUGGGUCUGCCAUACUCUGCUAGCUUCCCUGGGCAAAGCUGGGCUGAAAAAUAGGUGCUGCUGGCCCUGAGAGCUUCCUGCAGAGAGGUGAAGGACUGGGGUUCCUUUGGGUGAGCCAAAGUGGAGGGCAGGCACACACCUCUGGUCUUAAGGGGAAUGGCAUUCCUGCUGCUGUGCCCAGGCCAGGAUGGAGUUGGGUUUUUGUGCAGGCAGGGAGAUCAAGCUGUGACUCUGAAGUCCCAUCAGUGCCUGGGGUGUCCAUUGGGGUGAGUAGUGCUGCCUGGGAUAGGAGAUGGAAUAGGUGAGCCUGGCAGCCCUGUCUCUCUGUAUAAAGAUACUGUAGAUGAGCAUUGCACCAUGGCCCUUUUGAUCUUUUCUCACUGUCCCUAAGCAGCACAGGGUUUCCUUUCUCCUGCAGCACGUUCCUGUCUUCAGCUGGUGAGGGCCUCAAGAGAUGCCUGGAGCCCAGCUCUGCUCAGAAAUUACCUCUCAACAAGUGCAGUGGUGGAGCCAACCAGAAACCUGCUGGCUGCCUUUCUGACACCACCUUGGUGAUGUGACCCCGCAGUUGCGGUCCCUCCCUGGGGACACCUCAACCUACCUCAAAGGAAGAGACAGAAGCUGGCUCCAGAGAGCAAGGACUGGGGGAGCCACCUGCACUGCACACUUACUUGGGGGGCUGUUUUUAGAGAGGGAAGUUCUACUGAGUAAUGAAGAGACUGGUGUGACUUCCAUCGUUAAAAGAAAUAGCAAAGCUGGGCAAUUGAGCUUUGUCUGGCCUUUUUCCUAGGCUGCUCUUAAAGCCUGACAUGGUGGUUUAUUUGCUGCAUGGUAGCUGGCUGAGCUUCGGGUCAGCCUGGCCUUCCUAUUCCUGACCAGCACGGGCUGAGCCCUGGUUUGCCUGUGUCUCCAUGAGCUGUGAGGAGCUGAGUCUGCACCUGCCCCACUGCAGCUCGUCCCCUGGAGAAGUCCCCAGCCACUCCUUACUCUGCUCCUCUGGAAGGAGCAGGGUCUUCAAACCGACCCAUUUCAUCCUUUCUCAACACCUGCGCCAGCAUCCUCCCUGCUGCUCCCUGCCAAACCCUGGGGCCUGCGUGAAGCUUGGGUCAUGUGCAUCAGACACCAUGGGUACCAGCUGUGGAGUUUGUUGUGGGGACAGUAGGGCUGCUAGCUCUCCCAGGUGGCCUGCAGCAUCUGUAUGGGGACUGCAGGCUGGUGCUCUUCUGGGCUCUGCUAUUUUCCCUUUUGUUUCUUAAGGGUUUUUAUUAAAGUUUAGCACUCA